CUUCUUCAAGGUAUUAUGAGGCCCUAUUACUGCCCUACUGUCACAGUUACAACUUGCUCCCAGGCUGCUAUUGCUCUAGACCUGCUUCGCGAAAGGAAAGGUUCUUUUGAUGUGGUAAUAAGUGAUGUUUAUAUGCCUGAUAUGGAUGGAUUUAAGCUCCUUGAACAUGUUGGCCUAGAGAUGGACCUACCUGUUAUUAUGAUGUCUUGUGAUGCAAGAACCAGUGCUGUGAUGAAAGGAAUCAAACAUGGGGCUUGUGAUUAUUUGAUUAAGCCCGUACGCUUAGAAGAGCUGAAGAAUAUAUGGCAGCAUGUUGUCAGAAAAAAGUGGAGUGAGAAUAAAGAACAUGAACAAUCUGGUAGUGCGGAAGAAAAUGAUCGAACUAAACGAGGGGAUGAUGCUGACUAUGCUUCUUCCAUUAAUGAAGGAACAGAUGGCAGUUGGAAAGGUCAGAAAAAGAGGAGGGAUCCUAAAGAUGAUGAAGAUGAGGGUGAUUUGGAAAAUGAUGACCCGGGUACAUCAAAGAAACCUCGUGUCGUGUGGUCAGUGGAAUUGCAUCAACAAUUUGUCAGUGCUGUGAAUCAGCUUGGAAUUGAGAAGGCUGUUCCCAAGAGAAUUCUUGAAUUGAUGAAUGUUCCAGGUUUAACUAGAGAAAAUGUUGCAAGCCAUUUGCAGAAAUUCAGACUAUAUUUAAAGAGGUUAAGUGGAGUAGCUCAGCAACAAGGGGGGAUUUCCAAUUCAUUCUGUGGGCCGGUAGAAUCAAAUGCAAAACUUGGUUCACUAGGCAGACUUGAUAUCCAAGCAUUGGCUGCCUCUGGUCAAAUUCCUCCUCAGACACUGGCUGCUUUGCAGGCUGAGCUUUUGGGUCGGCCAACAGGUGGCCUGGUGUUGCCAGCAAUGGACCAACCAGUUCUUCUUCAAGCAUCGUUACAAGGACCCAAAUGCAUUCCAGUUGAACGUGGUGUGGCAUUCGGUCAACCCAUUAUAAAAUGUCAAUCGAACAUAGCCAAACAGUUUCCGCAAUCCAACAUGUCUGUUGAGGAUAUUCCUUCUGGGUUUGGAACCUGGCCACCUAAUUCUCUUGGUGCUGUUGGUCCUUCAGGUAAUUUUGGGGGGCUAAACACUCAGAACAAUAAUAUGUUGAUGCAAAUGCUACAGCAGCAGCAGCAUCCACAACAGGGUGUGCUAUCUGAACCCAGCCACACAAUUAAUGUUCAGCCUUCUUGCCGUGUUGUCCCCUCCCAAUCAUCGGCCAGUUAUCAGGCAGGAAGCAGUACCGUUCCCCUCAAUCAGAGCUCUAACUUUAAUAGCAGUGCCAUUAUUGAUUACAGCUUGCUUUCUUCUCAACCCAAUAGCGUCUCAUUGGGUAUUGGACAAGUAGUUGAUGGGGAUCUCAAAAAUACUGGUGUGCUUAAUGGGUAUACAAUUCCAGCUUCUAAUUCCUCGCCAGUGUCAUCUUGUGCGGUCCGAGCUGACAACUGCUCAAGUUGGCAAGUUCAAAACUCAUCCGUAUCUUUUAGUACUGCCAGCCAAUUGCCAGGGUUCAUCUCUAAUCCAUGCGAGAUUCAACACUGUUAUGACACAAAAGCAGCUACAUUGCAAGAUCAAGGGCCUGGUAGGAAUCUUGGAUUCGUUGGUAAAGGUACUUCCAUUCCAAGCCGUUUUGCAGUAGAUGAUAUUGAAUUUCCAACAAGCAACUCUGGCCAUGGAAAGACGUAUAUGGACAACACUGGAGACAGAGUGAAGCAAGAACUCAAUUUCGAUUUUGUGGAGAACCCAAAAGUGGGUGUCCCUGUAUUGCAACAUUUUUCUCCUAAUGAUCUCAUGAGUGUUCUCUCCAAAUAGAUUCAGGGUAUUUUAUUUCUCGCGAGAAGGUGCUUCAAAUUCCUUGGAGACUGUCGUAUGAUGAUUGCCUUCAAAUAGUGGGAAGAACCUUGUGAAUGUGUAUUAUUAUUCUUAGCAUAGGUUCUCUAGGUAAAUUGUCCUGCUUGCCUGAAGAUCCCCAUCACCUGCUCCCAGAUGCUGAGGUAAGAACUCAGAUUUCUCUGCUUGUGGCCUGAGAUAUAAACAAAUUUCAAAGAGAAGUUUCUUUGUAUGAUAAUUUGUUUCUAUGCUUGGAGCAGGUAUUAUUUGUUAUUUAAAUAUUGUUCACUUUAAUUAAUUGGAAAAAUAAGUUGUGUCAA